CAUUGCGUAAAUAAAAUAUUCAUUGUUAUUUUAAUUGUAUAUAUUGUUUAUAUAAGAUAAGUAAUUAUUUUAACGGAUUUUAAUAUCAUUUUCAACAUUAUUUACAAUAACGUAAACAAAUAAACAGAAAAUCGUCAAAAUGAGUGACGAACAAAAUGAUAAACAAUUAAAAGUCGAAAACAAAUACUCCAUUUUACUUCCAACUUACAAUGAAAUUGAAAAUUUGCCAAUAAUCGUCUGGCUUAUUGUUCAGAAUUUAAACAAAUGUGAUUUUGAUUAUGAAAUAAUUAUAAUCGAUGAUGGCUCACCCGAUGGCACAUUGGAAAUGGCCCAGCAAUUACAAAUACUUUAUGGAAAGGAGAAAAUUGUUCUCAGGCCAAGGGAAAAAAAACUCGGUCUUGGCACCGCUUAUCUUCAUGGCAUUAAACACGCAACUGGAAAUUUUAUUAUAAUUAUGGAUGCAGAUUUGUCGCAUCACCCAAAAUUUAUUACCGAAAUGAUUAAAAAACAACAGGAAUUUAAUUACGAUGUAGUUACCGGAACAAGAUACGCUGGAGAUGGUGGUGUUUACGGUUGGGAUUUUACAAGGAAAUUAAUAAGUUGCGGUGCCAAUUUUUUAACACAGUUUUUAUUGAGACCUGGUGUCAGUGACCUUACUGGAAGUUUCAGACUCUAUAAAAAGGAAGUUCUGGAGAAACUGACUCAAUCAUGUGUCUCGAAGGGCUACGUGUUUCAAAUGGAAAUGAUGGUUAAAGCACGACAAUUUGGAUUCACAAUUGGCGAAGUGCCAAUAACAUUUGUCGAUCGUGUUUAUGGAGAAUCAAAAUUAGGAGGCUCCGAAAUUAUUCAAUUUGUCCGAGGACUUUUAUAUUUAUUUUUCUCUUCGCUUACACAGUGAAAAUUGACUGACAAAGAAACAUUCCUCCAUUUAUAUGCCACAUUAAUAAUAAAUUCAUUUUUACCACUCAAAA